CAUCUCCACCAUUUAUAUUUUCCCCUUUUCCUUCUUCUUCUUCUUCUUCUUCUUCUUCUCUCUCAGGAUCGACAGUACCGCAAUUAUCUUCUACCUCGAGGAGCACGCCUGAAUUCGUAUGGAAGCCAUUACCUGCUUCUCUUCUUGCGGACCUCACACUCAACUUCCCCGCUUCUUCAACCCAUCUUCCUACUUCUCCCACCACCUCACUUCCAGCAAACGCUCUAAUUUCUAUUCUAGACACCUCAAUUACAGAUUCUCCCCGCCUAAAAUGGCUGCUCCUCUUCAAGUUUCUGCAUUCUCCACCAUUGGUGCGUCUGAGGAGAGAUUGGAGACUUCCUCUUCGGGUAUGACCGGAGCGCAUGAUUUGCUGAUAAUCGGACCAGGAGUUCUUGGCCGCUUAGUGGCGCAAAAAUGGCGGGAGGAACAUCCGGGAUGUGAAGUUCAUGGGCAGACUUUCACAGUGGAUCACCAUGACGAGUUGAUUCAGUUAGGGAUUCAACCUUCUUUGAAGGGAGGUGAUGCGACUCGUCGUUUUCCUUAUGUCAUUUUCUGUGCUCCUCCUUCUCGAUCAUCGGAUUAUCCCGGUGAUGUCAGGCUAGCUGGAUCAAGUUGGAAUGGAGAGGGUUCCUUUCUUUUUACUUCAAGUUCCGCACCAUAUGAUUGCAAUGACAAUGGACCAUGUGAUGAGGACAGUCCAGUCGUACCAACUGGUAGGAGCCCUAGGACAGAUGUCCUCCUAAAAUCAGAAAAGAUAGUAAUCGAGUUUGGUGGCUGUGUACUUCGAUUGGCUGGACUCUACAAAGCAGAUAGAGGGGCACAUUCUUAUUGGUUACAGAAGGGGACAGUUGAUGUGCGUCCUGAUCACAUCCUGAAUCUUAUUCAUUAUGAGGAUGCUGCUUCCCUCUCGGUGGCUAUUCUAAAGAAAAAUCUUCGUGGACGGAUUUUCUUGGGUUGUGAUAAUCAUCCUUUGUCCAGGCAAGAAAUCAUGGACUUGAUGAUGAAGAGUGGGAAAUUCAGUAAAAAGUUCGAAGGCUUUACUGGAACCAAGGAUCCUUUAGGAAAGAGAUUGAACAACUUGAAAACUCGAGCAGAAAUAGGCUGGGAACCAAAGUAUCCGAGUUUUGGUCAGUUCCUUGAAACCAUUUAACCAAAUGCUGUUUGUGCUUUGAUUGACAGCUAUGAACUAAAAGACUAGCUUAAGAAUCCAGUAGAGGAAGACAACACAUCUAGCCUCGAGUUUCUGCAUCUUCCUGACCUCCGUAACUUAUUAUCGAAGUUGCAAACGGAUCGGUUAUAUUCGUAAAUAUGAGUUGAUUGAAGCUUCUGAUGACUGUAUUUAGACAUUUGAUAGAGUAUAUUGAGUAUUUGUAAAGAGAAUUGAUCACUGAAGAGCAUGCAUUCUGGCGGAUAAAGCUCAACCUGAAGUUAUUUUGUUAUGGUGUACGCUUCUACUUCCUCAUUUUCUUCUUUUGUGCGAACAACUAAACAAUAUUGCCAUCAAUCCUUUUCAAU